UGAUUCUGGCGGCCCUAUCGAUGAUUCCGGAUCCUAUUCGUUUGCCUCGAUUUUAUUUCAAUACUCAUCUCGUAUUCGGUGCUCGAUUUUGCUUAGUGCACAAAAGAUGGCGGACCGAACGUCUGCGGGCUCUCAGAAAGCUAGCGCUAAGGCGCUACUUGAGAGCAAGCUGAAGUCGUUCAGCAUCGGGAAGAUGGCGGUGGCCAAGAGGACACUGAGCAAAAAGGAACAAGAUGAGCUGAAGAAAAAGGAGGACGAGCGGGCCGCGGCCGAGAUCUACGAGGAGUUCCUGGCGGCCUUCGAGGGCGGAGGGGAUGGGAAGGUCAAGGCCUUCGUACGCGGAGGAAUCGCCAACGCAUCAAAAGAGGAAGCCGCCGCUGACGAGAAGAAGGGCAAGCUGUACAAACCAAAGUCCCGCUUCGAGAACGCGCCUACCAGCCCGGGCAAGAGCUUCCUGCCCCUGGACACGCCCCCACAGUUCUUGGUCCUGGACAAAAGACACUCUGCUAAGAAAACCAGCGACAAAGAGAAGAAGAAGAGCAACCUGGAGCUGUUCAAAGAGGAGCUCAAACAAAUCCAGGAGGAGAGAGACGAGAGACACAAGCUCAAAGGUCGGGUCAGUCGCUUCGAGCCGCUGUCCGGUGCGGACGGACGGCGCUCCUCGGAUGGUUCUUCCAGAAGAAACCGUCCUUCCAGUGUUCUGGACGACUCGGCGCCCGGUUCUCACGAUGUCGGAGAUCCAUCGACCACCAACCUGUACCUUGGCAACAUCAACCCACAGAUGAAUGAGGAGAUGCUCUGCCAGGAGUUUGGGCGCUACGGGCCGCUAGCUAGCGUGAAGAUCAUGUGGCCCAGGACAGACGAGGAGCGGGCUCGGGAGAGGAACUGUGGUUUUGUGGCGUUCAUGAACAGGAGGGAUGCGGAACGCGCCCUAAAGAACCUAAACGGGAAGAUGAUCAUGAACUUUGAGAUGAAGCUGGGCUGGGGGAAGGGCGUGCCUAUCCCCCCCCACCCAAUCUACAUCCCUCCCUCCAUGAUGGAGCACACGCUGCCCCCCCCUCCCUCCGGCCUGCCCUUCAACGCACAGCCCCGCGAGCGCCUGAAGAACCCCGCCGCCGCGCUCCUCCCCCCGCCCAAGAACAAGGAGGAAUUCGACAAGACUCUGUCGCACGCCAUAGUCAAAGUGGUUAUCCCAACAGAAAGGAAUUUACUCUCCCUCAUCCACCGAAUGAUCGAGUUUGUUGUGCGCGAGGGGCCCAUGUUCGAAGCCAUGAUCAUGAACCGUGAGAUCAACAACCCCAUGUACAGGUUCCUAUUUGAGAAUCAGAGUCCCGCCCACGUGUACUACCGCUGGAAGCUCUACACCAUCCUCCAGGGUGAAGCGCCAGCCAAGUGGAGGACGGAGGACUUCAGGAUGUUUAAGAACGGCUCUCUGUGGCGGCCGCCCCCCCUCAACCCCUACCUCCACGGGCCCUACGACGACGCCGAAGAGGAGGACGAAGAGGAGGAGGCUGGCAAGAAGGGCUCCCUAAAGGAAGAAGAGCGGGACCAGCUGGAGGAGAUGCUCCGGGCUCUGACCCCCAGGAAGGGCGACGUCGCCGAGGCCAUGUUGUUCUGCCUGACCCGGGCCGACGCGGCCGAGGAGAUCGUGGAGUGCAUCGCCGAGUCCCUGUCCAUCCUGAAGACGGCCCUGCCCAAGAAGAUCGCUCGGCUCUACCUGGUCUCCGAUGUCCUCUACAACUCCUCUGCCAAAGUCUCCAACGCCUCCUAUUACAGGAAGUUCUUUGAGACCAAGCUGUGUCAGAUCUUCGCCGACCUCAACUCCACCUACAAAAGCAUCCAGGGCCACUUGCAGUCGGAGAACUUCAAGCAACGCGUGAUGGCGUGUUUCCGUGCGUGGGAGGACUGGGCUGUGUACCCGGACCCCUUCCUCAUCAAGCUCCAGAACAUCUUCCUGGGCCUCGUCAACAUCACUGUGGAGAAGGAACCCGUCUGCCUUCCUGUAGAGCCCGAGGUGGUGGAGGACGUGGACGGCGCCCCCAUCGGGGACCUGGAGGUGGGCUCCCCCAUGGAGGACGUGGACGGGGUCCCCAUCGACGGGGCGGUGCUGCUGGACGGGGCGCCGCCCGACGACCUGGACGGGGUCCCCAUCAAACCCCUGGAGGACGACCUGGACGGGGUGCCCUUGGAUCAGUCCAAAGAGGGAACCUUCAAGGUGGCGCCUUCCAAGUGGGAGGCGGUGGACGAGGCUGAGCUGGAGUCACAGGCUGUCACUACGUCCAAGUGGGAGGUGUUUGAGCAGCCGGAAGAGUCCAGAGCUGAUGACGACGACAGCGACGAAGACCGCAGUCCGUCCUCGGACCCGGCCGGCUCGUCCAAUCCGCUGCGAGAAGACGGAGACGGGAAGGGCAAGCAGGCCGAGAUGAACGAGGAGAAGCGCACCAAGCUCAGAGAGAUUGAGGUGAAGGUGAUGAAGUUCCAGGAUGAGUUGGAGUCGGGGAAGCGGCCCAAGAAGUCCGGCCAGAGCCUCCUGGAGCAGGUGGAACACUACAGAGACAAACUACUGCAGAAGGAGAAGGAGAAAGAGAAGGCUGAGCGGGAAAAGGAGAAAGAGAAGCGGGAGAAGGAGAAGGCGGAGUCUCGGCUUAAGGAGUUAAAGAAGGAGAAGGAGAAGGAGGACACGCCCACCAGGAAGGAAAGGAAACGGCGUCACAGCGGCUCCCCCAGCCCGGGCCGCAGCAGCAGUCGGCGGGGCCGUUCCCCGUCCCCCCGGUCGGAGCGCUCCGAGAGGUCCUACUCUAAAGACACGCCCUCCUCCUACUCUAAAGACACGCCCUCCUCCUCGUCCCGCUCCACACACAAGGACUCCCCACGCUCCGCCACCAAGAAGGCCUCCAAGAGGUCUCCCUCCGCCCCCCGCACCCCCAAACGGUCCCGGCGCUCCAGAUCCAGGACCCCCAAGAAGUCCAGUAAGAAGUCCCGCUCCAGGUCCCGGUCGCCGCACCGCUCCCACAAGAAGUCCAAGAAGAGCAAACACUGACGCCGUGGACGCCUGUUUUAUAUUGUAACAUACUGAUCAUGUGCUGCUUGUGUAGAGCGCCCUGUAGUCCGUCUUUUCUUUUUGUAGUUCCAUUAAAAGAUAUUCCUAAUACACAA